GUCCUUUCCCUUUCAUCAUAAGUGGCGAAAUUCUCAUAAACACACGAUAUGUCUGCAAGGGAAGAUAAAGGUGACAUGCUUCGGAUAUUAGUAGCUACGGAUUGUCAUCUUGGUUAUAUGGAGAAGGAUGAAGUUCGCCGGCACGAUUCGUUUCAGGCAUUUGAAGAGAUUUGCUCGAUUGCCGAGCAAAAGAAGGUGGAUUUCGUCCUUCUUGGAGGCGAUUUAUUUCAUGAGAAUAAGCCUUCAAGGUCAACCUUAGUCAAAGCCAUUGAGAUACUGCGCCGCCACUGUCUGAAUGAUAAGCCAGUGCAAUUCCAAGUUGUCAGCGACCAAAUAGUGAACUUUGCCAACUCCUUUGGCCAUGUAAAUUAUGAAGAUCCUCAUUUCAAUGUGGGGCUGCCAGUUUUCAGCAUCCAUGGAAAUCACGACGAUCCUGCUGGAGUGGACAAUCUUUCUGCUGUUGAUAUCCUUUCAGCGUGUAAUCUUGUCAACUAUUUUGGAAAAAUGGUUCUGGAAGGUUCUGGUGUUGGGCAGAUCACUCUCUACCCAAUUCUUAUAAAGAAGGGAUCAACAUCAGUGGCUCUUUAUGGCCUUGGGAAUAUCAGAGAUGAACGCCUGAAUCGAAUGUUUCAGACUCCUCAUGCGGUCCAGUGGAUGCGACCCGAAGCCCAGGAAGGUUGUCAAGUUUCGGACUGGUUCAAUAUACUAACACUUCACCAGAAUAGAGUGAAGACGAAUCCCAAAAAUGCAAUUAAUGAACAUUUUCUGCCUCGAUUUCUCGACUUCGUUGUCUGGGGGCAUGAGCAUGAAUGCCUUGUCGAUCCUCAGGAAGUUCCAGGCAUGGGUUUUCAUAUUACUCAACCUGGUUCAUCUGUUGCAACGUCACUGAUUGACGGUGAAUCAAAGCCAAAACAUGUACUCCUUUUAGAGAUUAAGGGUAAUCAGUAUCGGCCGACAAAAAUACCUCUUGAGUCAGUGAGGCCUUUUGAAUAUGUGGAGGUAGUGCUAAAGGAUGAACCUGAUAUAGACCAUAAUGAUCAGAAUUCCAUUCUUGAACAUUUGGACAAAGUGGUUAGAAAUUUGAUAGAAAGGGCCAAGCAAAAGGCUAUCAAGAAUUCAGAGCUCAAGCUUCCUUUAGUUCGCAUCAAGGUGGAUUAUUCUGGGUUUAUGACAAUAAACCCGCAAAGGUUCGGGCAAAAAUAUGUGGGGAAGGUCGCGAAUCCCCAGGAUAUUCUUAUAUUUUCUAAAGCAUCUAACAAACAUAGCAGUGGAGGUAAAAUUGAUGACAGUGAACGCCUCCGACCAGAAGAAUUGAAUCAGGCAAACAUAGAAGCUUUAGUUGCUGAAAGUAAUCUGAAGAUGGAGAUACUCCCCGUCAAUGAUUUGGAUGUUGCACUACACAAUUUUGUCAAUAAGGAUGACAAGAUGGCAUUCUAUUCCUGUCUGCAAUACAACCUCGAAGAAACUCGCAGUAAAAUUGCACAGGAUUCGGAUGUUCAAAAGUUUGAAGAAGAAGACAUUAUCGUCAAAGUUGGAGAGUGCUUAGAGGAGCGUGUCAAAGAAAGAACCUUGAAGCCGAAUGAUGCUCAACAGUUCACAUUUAGUGGCCAGGCCUCAGAGAAUGUCAGAAGCAGAAGUACUCAAGGACUUGGAAGUGCUGCUUCGUUCAGUGACGAUGAGGAUGCUACUGUAUUCCCCGGCUCUAUGUCUACCAAGAAGGGCAAACAGUCACAGUCUUCGAAGCCCCCUCGUAAUAGUUCGGAAGCUGGUAAGACUACCGGAAGAGGAAGAGGAAGGGGAAGAGGAAGAGGCAGGGGUUCCGAUACAUUAAAGCAGACUACUUUAGAAGCAACUAUGGGUCUUCGCCCUUCACAAAGAUCUGCGUCAGCUGCUGCGUCAGCUUCAUUUCGGAGUUUGGAUGACGAGGAUGAAGUGGAUUCAGAUUCAAACGACGAAACUGCUAAACUUGACGUUAACGACAUUGCUGAGAGCUCGGAUGAUGGUGAUACUAUCGGGAAUAGCAGAAAAAGAGCUGCUCCAAGAGGAAGGGGUAGGGGUAGGGGUUCUACCACAGCCUCUAAAAGGGGGAAGAAAACAGAUAGUUCUUCUUCUUCUUCACUUCAUAGGUUGCUCUCAAGUAGAGAUGAUGACGAUGAAGAUGAUGACAUGGCGAAGAAACUUAAUAAAUCUCAACCUCGGGUGACAAGAAAUUACGGAGCAUUAAGAAAAUAGGUGCUGUUUGAGGUAUCGUUCCUCCUUGGUUAUGUAAUACAACAAUGGGCGCUCGUUAACUGUUGCUUUUGAAAGCUCACUGACAUUUUGGUUAUGUUUACUAUCAAUUAGGUAAGGUUUAUUGCAAUUAAACGUAUUUAGAUAAACGUUUACGGGAAUCGAGUAAAAAAGUAUUGUGGUUCGACAAAACAGUUCGUCCGAGUUUAAAUUCACGGAAACCUGCAAAUGAACAAAUAUGUUUUUAUAGCGUCUUUUACAUAGAUUAAACUU